AUGGCACUGUGACAGCCCUCUGGAUUGAAUGACUCACAACAUGCUGCAUGUACUAUCGUCAACAUGAAGCGCAGCAAAUGCCUUCUGCUUGUAUCGGUGACGCUCAAUGUUCUGUUUAUCUUCAAAGAGUUAUUUUUCCUGCCGGUCAGCAAGGAACUAACUGAGACCAAGGAGUUGAACUGCCUUGUUGAGAGACCCCCGGACAAAUCAACUGCAUGUCUCAACAGGAUUGCGGAGCAAAAUCUUGAGGAAACCACAGACAACCCGGUUUCAAAACUUGGAGCAACCGUCGCACCUGUGUGGGUUUACAACAGCACGGCUGCCGACAAGUUCAGGAGCAAACUUGAAACGUGCUGCAAAGGAAGUGACGAUCUGCUGGUGACCCGGUACAACACACGCGUCAGUACCACCAUUCAGUACGACGCUGAGAGGAAAUCCCAGCUGAAGGUCACCCCUGAGAUAUGGAGAAAAUUUCCGCAGAAAACGCCUUUCUCGUACAAGAAAUACGCCAGCUGUAGUGUGGUCGGCAACGGCGGCUUGUUGAAAGGCAGUGGAUGUGGUAAAGACAUCGACUCUGCCGAGUUUGUGUUCAGAUGCAACAUGGCGCCGAUAGAUGAACGAUUUGUUGCAGACGUUGGGAACAAAACAGAUUUUAUUACCAUAAAUCCCUCUAUUGUGAGUAAAAGAUAUAGUCUACUAAAGACCACCGCCAUGAAGGACAAAUUUGUGAAGGAUGUAUCCCCUUACGGAAGUGCCUAUGUCUGGAUGCCUGCUUUCUCCUUCAGAAUGUGCACAUCUCGCAGCUUCGCGGUUCAGACUACCCUACAAGAAUAUAACUCCUCACUACAUGUGGUUUUCGCCAACCCGAAUUUCAUGCUGGCCAUGAAUGAAUACUGGAAAAGCAAUGGGGUGAAAGCAAGGAGGAUAUCUACAGGCCUGUUCCUAGCCAGCGCUGCCCUGUCCAUCUGUGCUGAGGUUCACCUGUACGGAUUCUGGCCCUUCCACGUGAACAAGCACAACGUCACGCUGACGGAACAUUACUACGAUGACAUCCCUCCUCGCAAAGUGCACAAUAUUCCCGAGGAGUUUGCAAAACUACGACAGCUUCACCGCGAGGGAAUCUUACAACUGAGAACAGACUCCUGUAGCUGAUCGUGUCACCUGAUAUUCAGUGGUGAUGAAGGUUGUAAAAAAUAACUACACACACAGAACAGUUUAUCACAUGAUAAACAAUAAAUAAUCUACAUGUUGUCCUUUCAUCGUAAGAAAGGAUAUAGGUCUAAACCUAUGCACUUGUUAUAACAUUUUAUGGUCAGUUG